CAGGAACAAUAAUUCCCCCGCCAAUCACGGUUUGUUUUGAGGCAAAUAGUUUGCCACACAACCGCGUUUGAUGAACAAGAAACGAGCCGCCCACUAUGAUUACGUCAUAUUCGCUUCCGUUGCCUCAUCAUCGAUCAUUGCAACAGAUAGCAGCAGCAAAAUAACAACAACACCAACCCCACAGAUGGAAUAUUCCAGCGAUAUAGAGAAAAUAAAUCAAGACAUUCAAUUGGGUUAGGAGCUAAGAGCUGCCUUGUCUAGAAGUAGCGAGUAGUAACAGCUUGUGUUCUUGUUGUUGUUGUUGUUGUUGUUGUUGUUGUUGUUUCUUUUUUUUUUGUAGAGGAGGUGUGGAAUGCGGUGGACGGCGGUCGAAGGUGCUGAACUUGCUAGAAGCUUCUGGCGCCGAAAUUGACCGCCCGCAUAUAAACAAUUUUUGGCCCGCACAACAACAUCCCACUUCUUAUUUUUUCUUCUAUUCCUCUUCAUUCUUCAUCCUCACAGCUACCCGCUCUGCUUCUUCUUCUUCCUCCUCCCAUCUAUCUCUCUCUUCAUCGCACCAAUUCUCGAUCUCCCCUUUCAUUCAUCUACAUCCUCUAUCCUCUGCAUCUGUAUCAUAUUGCACAUUUCUCACCAGCUGCCGUUUUAAUAUCCCGCUUCAUACAUCUAAUUCCUUCAAAAUGGGUCCCGCUGUCGGUAUCGAUUUGGGUACCACGUACUCCUGCGUGGGUAUCUACCGUGAUGACCGCAUCGAAAUCAUUGCCAACGACCAGGGUAACCGAACCACCCCCUCGUUCGUUGCUUUCACAGACACAGAGCGCCUCAUUGGUGAUGCCGCAAAGAACCAAGUCGCCAUGAACCCAUCCAACACAGUCUUCGACGCAAAGCGUCUCAUUGGCCGCAAGUUCGCCGACCCUGAGGUUCAGUCUGACAUGAAGCACUUCCCCUUCAAGAUCAUCGACAAGGCUUCCAAGCCUGUCAUUCAAGUCGAGUUUAAGGGCGAGACUAAGGAGUUCACCCCUGAGGAAAUCUCCUCCAUGGUCCUCACCAAGAUGAGAGAGACUGCCGAGUCCUACCUUGGCGGCACUGUCAACAAUGCCGUCGUCACCGUCCCCGCCUACUUCAAUGAUUCACAGCGUCAAGCUACCAAGGAUGCUGGUCUCAUUGCCGGCCUCAACGUCCUCCGUAUCAUUAACGAGCCUACUGCCGCUGCUAUUGCUUACGGUCUUGAUAAGAAGGCUGAUGGCGAGCGCAAUGUUCUCAUUUUCGACUUGGGUGGUGGUACUUUCGAUGUUUCCCUCCUGACUAUUGAAGAGGGUAUUUUCGAGGUCAAGUCCACUGCCGGUGAUACUCACUUGGGUGGUGAGGACUUCGACAACCGACUCGUUAACCACUUCGUCCAGGAGUUUAAGAGAAAAUCCAAGAAGGAUCUCUCCUCCAACGCACGUGCACUCCGCCGUCUCCGCACUGCUUGCGAGCGUGCUAAGCGAACUCUCUCCUCUGCUGCUCAAACUUCCAUUGAAAUCGACUCUCUGUACGAGGGUAUUGAUUUCUACACCUCCAUCACCCGUGCCCGUUUCGAGGAGCUUUGCCAGGACCUCUUCCGCUCUACCAUGGAUCCCGUCGAGCGUGUCCUUCGCGAUGCCAAGAUAGACAAAUCCUCCGUCCACGAAAUCGUCCUCGUCGGUGGUUCUACCCGUAUCCCCAGAAUCCAGAAGCUUGUCUCCGACUUCUUCAACGGAAAGGAGCCCAACAAGUCCAUUAACCCUGACGAAGCCGUUGCCUACGGUGCUGCCGUCCAGGCUGCUAUCUUGUCUGGUGACACUUCUUCCAAGUCUACCAACGAGAUCCUCCUCUUGGACGUUGCCCCACUGUCUCUCGGUAUCGAGACCGCUGGUGGUGUCAUGACUCCUCUCAUCAAGAGAAACACCACCAUCCCCACCAAGAAGUCCGAGACCUUCUCUACCUUUUCUGACAACCAGCCCGGUGUCCUCAUCCAGGUCUUCGAGGGUGAGCGUGCCCGCACCAAGGACAACAAUCUCCUCGGAAAGUUCGAGCUUACCGGCAUUCCCCCCGCGCCCCGUGGGGUGCCUCAGAUCGAGGUUACUUUCGACGUUGAUGCUAACGGUAUCAUGAACGUCUCGGCCCUCGAGAAGGGUACUGGCAAGACCAACAAGAUCGUCAUCACCAACGACAAGGGCCGUCUCUCCAAGGAGGAGAUCGAGCGCAUGUUGGCUGAGGCCGAGAAGUACAAGGCUGAGGACGAAGCCGAGGCUUCCCGCAUCAGCGCCAAGAACGGCCUUGAGUCCUACGCCUACUCGCUCCGCAACACCAUCAGCGACCCCAAGGUCGACGAGAAGCUCGAUGCUGCCGACAAGGAGAAGCUCAAGUCUGAGAUUGACAAGACCGUCCAGUGGCUCGAUGAGAACCAGACCGCCACCAAGGAGGAGUAUGAGUCUCAACAGAAGGAGCUUGAAGGUGUUGCCAACCCCAUCAUGAUGAAAUUCUACAGCGCAGGCGGCGAAGGCGCUCCAGGCGGAUUCCCUGGCGCUGGUGGACCCGGCGGCUUCCCCGGCGCCGGUGGACCUGGCGGACCUGCUGGCGGCGACGACGGCCCAACCGUCGAGGAGGUCGACUAAAAUUUCCCCCCUUCCUAAUUUCUCCUCCCCCCAUAAUUAUUACCAAAAAUCCUACGUUUCUUUUGUGUUCUCCUAGUUUAUCUUUUCAUAGUGGUUUUAAACGGGUUUUUCCUUUUUUUUCCCUUAAUGUUUUAACGUUCACGGCCUUCUGGUUUUUUUUUUGUGUUCUUUCCUUGUUACAAAUUUUAUGUUGUGCUGGAAAACAAAAAAGAUCUUAAUUAUGGAAUUACUGGAACAUGCUCUUUCUAUCAUUCUACUACGAAAAACAAAAUACACAUCAACCAUAGUGAUAAGAGUCUUUCCUCUCUCCUCCCAUCGAAGAAGGCAGGAGGGAAGAACCUAAUGCUAAAGGUUCCCUUUGAGCUUUUAAUUAGCUUAUUCUAACUCAGCCUUUGUGCACUUCUUUUCGAUAUACCCGUAGGGCCGUAGCUACAAACGUAUGUUCUCCUCGACAUCCCUGCCAUGGUCUUUUGUGGUAUUUCCUCAAUCAAUAUUCUGUAGCUUCUGAACUUAUUUCUCCACCCCCUCCCCCGGGUGACAUAAAUUCUCUUGGAAAACCUCUAUUCACCAUUCGUUCAUUCUUUUUGUCCGUUUUUAUUGUGGUGUUUUUGUAAAUGAAUGAUGAU